UGAAGGGAAAUUGGAUCGCGGGAGAGUCUUUGGAGCUGAUUUGGUUUUUGGGGGCGACGGGACGAGCCAGGCGAUGUCGUUCAGGGGCAUGCUCCGGGAGAUGAAGGGCGAGGUGGGCGCCAUCUCCCGGCGCGGCCUCCUCCGGCCCAGGACGCCGUCGGUCCGCCGGGUGGCGGCGGUCGCGCCGGAGGAGGCGACGCGGCAGGGGUGCUGCUGGGCGGAGCUGCCGCCGGAGCUCCUGCGGGAGGUGCUGGCGAGGGUCGAGGAGGCGGAGCCGCGGUGGCCGCGCCGCCGGGACGUGGUGGCGUGCGCCGGGGUCUGCCGGACAUGGAGGGGCGUCGUGAAGGAGAUUGUGCGCGUCCCGGCGGAGUCAGGGAAGCUCACCUUCCCCAUCUCUGUCAAGCAGCCUGGCCCAAGGGACGCUCCUAUGAAAUGUUUCAUUCGGAGGAACCGGACUACUCAGACAUACUACCUGUACAUUGGGCUGACUGAUGCACUAACCGAUGAUGGGAAGUUCCUACUCGCUGCACGCAAAGGCCAUAGGCCUACAUGUACCGAAUAUCUGAUUUCGCUUGACCGGAGUGAUACAUCAAGGGGGAGUCACGCCUGUAUUGGCAAGUUAAGAUCAAACUUCUUGAGAACGAAAUUUACUGUCUAUGAUGCGCAUCCACCUCAUGCUGCAGCUGGGUUUUCAAACAGAUGGUCUGCUGGGAAUUAUCCAGUUUCCCACGUUCAUUAUGAAUUGAACGUUUUGGGAUCUAGGGGCCCAAGAAGGAUGCGAUGUGUUAUGCAUUCCAUCCCUGUAUCAGCAAUUGAACAAGGCGGAACAGCUCCAACGCAGACUGGAUUUCCUUCGAGUAACGACAACUCUUCUGCAUCACUCCCAUUCUUCAAGUCUAAAUCAUGUCGAAUGGACAGCUUCACCGCUCCACUAUCCAUUCAAGAUCAAGAGGAAAGUAAGCUAGUGCUGAAGAACAAGUCUCCCAGGUGGCAUGAACAUCUGCAGUGUUGGUGCCUCAACUUCCAUGGAAGGGUGACAGUUGCAUCAGUGAAGAACUUUCAGCUGGUGGCUACUGAUGAGAGUGCUCCAACUAACCAGGAGCAUGACAACACCACCCUUCAGUUUGGUAAGAUAGGGAAGGACUUGUUCACCAUGGACUACCGUUACCCGCUAUCGGCAUUUCAGGCAUUUGCAAUCUGCCUGAGCAGCUUCGACACCAAAUUAGCAUGCGAAUGAGACAGAGGUGUCGAACAACCAGUAGAAUGUUGAAGCAAGUGGCUGGACUAAUCCGAAAUUCCGUUCUAGAUACCAAAGUGCCGAGAGUAGGAAUUGGAAAGUGUGAUACAUUUGUUAAAUGACAUCAUAAUGUAGAUAGAAAUCUAGCUGGGUGUGGCUUAUCCUUUAUUUUUUUGUCGCCAAUAAGUCCCAUUCUUUACCCUGGUUCUAUGUAAUUUGGAAAUAC